UCAUCUCUUCUUGUUCUACCCAACAAGUUUCAACUCUCUCAAAGUCUCCUAUCCUCUCAAAAAUGGCAGCCCCAAUCUCCCUCUGCCUUCUCCUGCUGGCUCUCUUCUGCCAAACCCAUAUCUCCUUUUCCACUACCGCCCCAGCAAUCGACCACAGCCAUCCGUUGAGCAUCUCAACCCGGGAUGUUCAUGAUCUGCUCCCAACGUACGGUCUCCCAAAGGGUAUCCUUCCAAACAAUGUAAAGUCGUACACUCUGUCAACCACUGGGGACUUCACCAUAGAGUUGGAAAGCACGUGUUACGUUCAAUUUGAUCAAUUGGUUUACUAUGAGAAGAAGAUCAAAGGGAAGCUAAGUUAUGGAGCUGUGCAUGAUGUGUCUGGGAUUCAGGCAAAGAAGCUCAUCAUCUGGUUGCCUGUUACUGGGAUUGAGGUUGAUGAUAAAUCUGGUAUGGUUCAGUUUUUUUUCGGAGCUUUCUCUGAGAAGCUGCCCCCCAAGCAGUUUGAAGAUAUUCCUGUUUGUAAGGGCGACGCCUUUCUGAGGGCCGACCGUGCUUCUAUGUGAAUUGGGAAUCAAUGCCUUGGUUCUGUUGCAGGUGGGAGCAACCUUACAUUUUCUGUUUUACUUCAUACUCCCAUUUAAGCAUUCUAGUUAUGUGAUCUGCGGAAGCAACUCAAAUAACAUCUUUGAAUAUCCAAUUAUGUUUGGUGCUACAUAAAACUGUAUGUUUGUUUCCACAACACAGAACAAUUGAUAUGAGAAAUAGUAAAAUUUGUCCUGUAGAUGUAAGAUUUUACAUCAUUUAUAUAAUAAUGAAGGAAAAUUACUGUGAAUAGCUUUUGCUUCUCUA